UUUCAUCCGUUGAUUAUAUAUAUAUUUUUGCCCUCAACUACAUUUCCGCAGGGCUGCUCUUCUGAGGUUCUUCUUAGGUCAGAAGAAACUCCCUGUCCCAUGAAGAGAGACACUGAGACUUUCUUAAUUGUAUUAGCAGUGCAAUGGAAAAGAAAAAUGUUGAUAUAUCUGCGAAGAAACCAUCUUUGUUUGAAAUAUUCAAAACACAAUUCAGUGAAUCAGACCUAGGACCAAUAAGUCUCAAUUGGUUUGAAGAACUCAGUUCAGAAGCUCCACCUUUUGAUGUGAAAAUAACAGAAGACCCUUUAUACAAAACUAUGGAUCAAAAUACUUUCAAAACCCCAAAAGGGAAAUUGUCUAUGAAUAACUCAUCAGUAUCAACUCCCAUGAUUUUUAAAGACCGGAAUAAAAAUUUAAAAACAUCUACUUCUCCUGUAGAAAAAUCAGCUCAGUCCAGUGAAGAAACAGGUAAAACUUUCAGUGAAAUGCCUAGGCUGAGAACACAAGUGGAUGAAUCAAAUGAAGGAAUGAAUCUUUCUCGUUCCUGUGUGAUUGCAAGUCCGGUCAUACAAGAAAAACAAAAAAAUAAAUAUGUACUAAAUGAAAGUUUAUUACAAACACCCAAGAUUUUUGAGGUUCAGACACAGAAAUGCAUUUCUGAGAGCUUGGGAGCAGAAGCAGAUCCUGAUAUGUCUUGGACAAGUUCAUUAGCAACACCACCUACACUUUCUCCAACUGUCAUAAUAGAAAGAAGAAAUGAUUCAAUUUCUGGAACAAAGAUUCAUAAUGAAAUAAUUGAUAUUACCAUGUGUGGCCUUUUUUCCAAACAUGGAAAAAGUCUCAAGAGCAAUAAUAUUAAUAGGCAAUCUUCAUCAGGAAUUGAAAUUUCACAUGCAGAAAUGGACAACAAAAUCCACACUCUUGAAAGUUUUUUAAAUGAAUCUUUUGAUAAGAAUGCAUUUCCUGUUGAGCUACAAGGAUCCCAAAAGCCAUCAAAUGUACCAAAGGAUGAAGAUAAUCAUGGUGGAAUGAGUGAUUUUUCUCUGAACAUUGCCAGCAGCAGUGUUUUUCUUAAAAAAAUUAAUUCGGUUGAGGAGAAUAAAAAAGCUCUUUUUUAUGAAAAAAAUCAUGAUAAACUUGAAAAAGAACAUGAAAUGAUUAAGGCUUCUAAUGAAACAAAAUUUGAAAGAAAGUUAAAAUCUUCUAAAUGUAACUUGAAUACUAAUGUCCCAAAAAUACAGAAUGCAGUGAAUAGAAAGGAGAAUAUGACAUCAUCUUUGCUUUGUCCGUGGUCUCAGUUGGACUUGUCUGGUUUUGAACUAACGCAGCUUGAAAAAAAGUUCGUAAAGAGCAUUAGUUCAUCUUCUACCUUACAGGUCAAGAAAACUUCUCCAGGUAGUCCAUCAUCUAUUGAAAAAAAAUGCAGUAGUCCUAAAAUAUUAAAAUCAUCUAUGUUAAACACACCAUGUGUAAUACAACGUGGUAAGAUGAGUUCUCCAGAAAAGUUAUCCAUUUCCGAAAACUCACCUUUAUUGAUUAAGAAUGAUUCCGUGUCAUUGAAACAUGCUGAGGAUGAGGAGUUUUCUUCUGUAAAUUUUUCAAAGAAUAAUUAUUUCUUAAUGAAUAGAACUUUAACAGAAUCCUCAGAAGUCCAAAGUAUUCACUCUGAUUUCUCAAGAAAAGAUAAAAAUUCUUCAGGCCAUCAAGUUUCAAAUCAAGCUGCUAGUGAUGGCAGACAACACACAAAAUCAAGCUUGAAAAAUAUUAGCUCACUUUCCAGUUUGAAAAGGCGACCCAAAAAAUUCAUAUAUGCUCUAAACAAUUCUCUAGUUCAGCGGGAAAAAGGAACCACCCAGAGAGAUGGAUCUCUUACUUGUUUUGUGCCAGUAUGUACAAAUUUAGAAACUGGUACCUCUGAACUUUCUGAAAUCCGAAUCAAGAAUGAAGGACAAAUUGAAACUGCUGAUCAUUCCACAAAAGAAAGAAAAGAAAUAGAUUCUGAAAAAUGCUAUACAUCUACUAACAUGUUAUAUGAAACUAAAGGUAGUAACAAGUCAAAUAUUGAACAUAACACUAGUGAUAGUUCAGCACUACUUCUAAAAAAUAAUAUGAAGAAAGAAGCUGUAAUGUUUUCCAGAGAUCUUGCUGCUAAUUAUCAAACAGAGGUAACUGAAAAAGGAUUCCAUGAAAUCUGUCACAGCAAUACUUUGGUGGAUAGAAAGACUGAUUUCACAAAUUAUAAUUCAUCCCAAGAAGCACUUAUUGAAGCAUGUACAAUGCCAAUGCAAGUAUCAGAAACAGAAAAUAAACAAGUAACUUUGGAAUUAACGGCACAACUUUUAGACAGUGGUAUUCAUUCAACGAAAGCAUCAAAAUCUAUAACUAUGCUGUUGGAGCAAGAAAUGGAUACAAAACUGUCUCCAUUACUAAGUUUAAAAGAAGGCGCACCUGGUGAUAAGCAGAGAGAGUUAGAAUGUCUUUGUCUUGGGAAAAUCCAGAAAGGUUUUAAGACUGCAUCUGAUAAACAGAUAGUGCUAUCUGAUGAUAAAAUCAGAAAAGGCAAAUUACUGUUCAAAGAUAUAGAAGAUCGACUUCUUGAAGACUUUCAGAAUGAAGAAAAGAGUGCUAUUUCAAGUCAAAAUAAACAGGAAAAUGCUGAGAAUUUUUCAGUUGGACAAAAUGAACUAAAUUCACAUGUUUCUGAUUCUGUGGUAAAUUUUAUUCGCUCAGAUGAUACGAAAAUUGGUUUACCUGAAUAUGGCAAUAAGUCUGUUCAAAAUGUUCUUAAAAAUCAGCACCCUGAAGAAAAACACAAUUUAACCGCAAGCCAAGUAGCUGAAAUUACUGAACUUUCUAAUAUAUUGGAAGAAACAGACAGUCAAUUUGAAUUUACCCAGUUUAGAAAACACAAGACUAUGAUGUACAAUAACACUAACGAGACUAGAUGUUUGGAUAAAAAAUGUUUAAAUUCUAAGAAUUGUAAAGAUAUGGGAUUUGUGGACGAUCCAGGUGAUAAUCAGUCCUCCUUUAAGCAUAUAGAUACUUGGGAACGUAAUACUGACAGACAAAGCAACAACCACAUUAUAUUGCUGGAAUCAAACAGAAAAGAAAAUAAUUGUUUUGUUCCAGUUAUUUCAGAUCCUUUACAGUCUGAUCUGGGAAAUCAUAGUUCAGUUAAGAACAAAGAUGAGAUUACAAGAAGAGGUACAGAAUUAGCCAGCAAUAAGAAAGGAAUGGGUGAAAUAUUGAACUCCUAUAAAAUAAAAAUGAAUGGUUCAAACAAAUGCAGUAGUUGGCAUAUGCCUAUGAAAGAAAUAGAUAUUGAUUGGCCCCAGAAAGCCAAAAAAGGAAACGCUGAAUAUAUAAUACAAGGUACCACAAAAGAUACAACAAUUGCUUUUGUAAAAGAAAAUACAGAAAAUAAGUUAAAAGAUGUGGACUGCCAUAAAGAUAGUGUUGUCCAGAUUACUAGCACCACAGAAGUAAACUUGAAAAUUAUUCAAAAAUAUUCUGUACAUAUAUCAGAAAAUGAAUUGUUAUCCACUAAAAAUCAAAAUGCUUUAUCCCUACAUUUUGUAAAUUGUGGGAAAACUUGCUGUAACAAUAAUUGCCCAGAAACUUUGUCUGAUCUAACAUGUUUAGUUGAAGUUGCUAAAACUGAAAAAAAUAAUACUUGGAAUGAUGCAGGUGCAAAAGAAAGCUUUAUUUCAGAACAAGAGGAAAAAGUAAAUAAGCCUGAAAAACAAUAUUUUCUACAGAGCGUUCACACUGUUACUGAUGGGAACACAUUUGCAGAAAAAAGUAAGAGACUUAAUUUGUUGACAGGUUCUGAUAUACAGGAAGAGAUAAAUAAUAUGUCCUACUGCAAAAGGAAGACAAAUGCUAGACAUAAACAAGUUAUCCCUUCUAUGAAUGAGAGUACAGAAUUAAAUCAGACUGAAAUUUUUUUGGGGUGCAACCAUAAGAAUGUCUCUGAAAACAGGGAAAAGCAAACUGAUGGUUUUCAUACAGCUAGUGGUAAGCAAAUUACAUUUACUGACAAAUCUUUACUUAAAGCUAGGCAUCUUCUUUCAGAAGAAGCUCUCUGUGGAAAUAUGAACAAUACUGGUAGUCUUAUAAAAUUUAGUGUUGAAGAUUCAGUUAAAAAGAAUUUUACAUUUGGAGAAGGAGGUGAAAAAUGUAGAGAAAUUGGACAUUCUAAAGAUAAUUUUGAAGAUUCUUUGGGAGUGCUGUCAAACAUGGUUAAACAGGGUUUAAAGAGUGGACUGAUCUUUAAAGGACUGGCCUUGAACAUAAAUGCAUCUGAAUCAUAUUUUCAUGGAGGGAAAAAAAUCAGUAUUUUGAAAGAAGCAUAUAAAAAUCAAGAUUGGAUGACAUCAAAAUGUGAUUUACAUUUACUGGAUACUGGUACCUUACAGAAAUAUCCAACUAAUGAAGCGAGAACCUCAACUUCAAAACAAUCGAAAGUUAAUCCACCUGCAUUCAGUUUCAAAACUGCAAGUGAUAAAACUGUUAAAGUUUCUCCAAAGGCAUUAAAAAAUGCCCAACAAUUUCUUCAUAAAAACUACAGUAACUUGUUGGGAAGUUCUUUGGAUGCUUUUGGCAGUAAAAACUGCAUUACUUCUGGUUACUUGAAUGUAGAGGAGAUGCCGAUGAGAUAUUUGGAUGUAUCCCAGUUUCCUACAACCAAAGAAUUAUGUAGAACUGCCCAAACAUUACCAUGUGCUAUGCCCAUGGUAGUGGACACUGUCUUUGAAACAAAUCGUGAAACUUCAGAUAAAAGUUUUGAAAUGGGCAAGUGUUUUAAUACCUGGGUUUCUACCAAAGGAAACUGCAUAUCAGAUUUUUCUACCAAUAAAUGUAUGUUUUUUAGCACGGCAAGUGGCAAGCCUGUUCAGUUAUCUAAAGAAUCGCUGAAUAAAGCAAGACAAUUUUUUUCUGAAAUUGAACCUAAUUUAUCAGGUCAUCAGAAUUUUGUUUCAGAUGACAAUUUCAGCUGUAAUAAGAUACAUACAGUGAAGAACAUGAAUGCAUCUGAGUCAGAUGUUAAUGCAGGAACUAAUGCCAACAUAUCUGGAGAAACCUGUCAAAAUGAAAAUUGGAUGACACCAAAGUGUAGCUCACAUUUCUUGGAUAUUAGUACCUUAGAGAAAUCAUCAACUAAUGGAGAAAAAGACUCCCCUUCAAAACAGUUGAAAGCUAGACCAGCUGCCUUUAGUUUCACCACAGCAAGUGGUAAAACUGUUAAUGUUUCUCAGAAAGCAUUAAAAAAUGCCCAACACUUUCUUCAUAAAAACCUCAAUAACUUAGAAUCUCAGUCUGAAAUAAAUAAAGGUAACACCUUUGGAAGUUCUUCUGAUGCUUGUGGUAGCAGGGACUGUAUUGGUUCCAGCUAUUUGAGGGUAGAGAAGAUUCCAACAGAAUAUUCAGGCCUGACCCAAUUUCCUGUAACCAAAAAAAUUUGUGAAAGCUCCCAAGCAUUAUCAUGUGUUGUACCCAAAUCAAUGGAAACUGUUCCUGAAUUAAAUUGUAAAGCUUCAAAUGACUUUAUUGAAAUGCAUACGUGUUCUGAUACUCGAACUUCCAACAAAAAGAAAUGCAAACCAGACUUUUCUACUGACAACUGUGGGUUUUUUAGCACAGCAAGUGGUAAGCCUGUUCAGUUAUCUAAAGAAUCACUAAAGAAAGCAAGCCUACUUUUUUCUGAAAUUGAAUCUGAUUUAUCUGUUUAUCAGAAUUCUGACCCAGAUUGCAAUUAUGAUUAUAACACUGUGAAUUCUAACAGAAAAAAAAUAUUUCCCAGAGAAAAUAAAUUACAUAUAUCCCAAAGAGGGGAAAAUCCAAAUGUAGAAGAACAUUCAGGCAUUCCAUGUGAUUUUAAUAAAGCAUGUGGAAAACAGGUAAAGAUUUCUCACAAGGCUCUUCAAAAUGUUAUGGGACUUUUAAAAGAAUUUGAUGAUAUCAAUGCAAGUGAUUUUUUCGUUGAUGAAAGUUUAAACCAAACUCAUAAUUCUCCAAUAAAAACUCCCAUUACAAAAGUUAAACAGGAGCAUGAAGCUAAUUCGUCAUCUAAAUUGAAGGAGAAAUGCAAAACCAGAGAAAAUCUGAAUGAAAACAAAACUAUUAAAUCCUUGCUAAAUAUUGAAAUACCUAUGUCCAUCACUUCUACUGAGAAAUACAAGCAACCAGCAGAAUUCAAAAGAAGGUUUUCAUGUUCAAAAGAAUUAACUGAACCUUUGAAGAUAACACAACCAUGCCAAAGCAGAGUCAGUACUAAAUAUGCCUCAGAAGGGAAUCUGGAUUGUUUUUGUCCUGCUUAUUCCCAAACUUCAGAUAAUUACUCAGAUGUAGAAGCUUCAGAAAGUGCAAAAGCUUUCAUAGAAGAUGACGAUUUCACUGAUUCAGAAGUACAAAGAAACAUUCAAAAAUCUAUCUUGACAGCUAAUAAUUCUCUGUUACGUACAAGAAGUGGGAAACGACAUCUGGAAAAAGAAAACACAUUUGGACAACCUCCUAUUAAAAGAAAACUGCUGCCUGAAUUUGAACAAUCCGAAAAAUCCAGUAGAUCACCUUUCAAAUCUUCUCCUUAUGACAUAACAAAAAUGACAACAUAUCUUCAGUAUGCCAGAAAUUUACAACAAAUGAGAAUUACAAAGAAACAAGAUCAAAUAAUUCAUCCACAACCAGGCAGCUUGUACCUUGUAAAAAGAUCUUCUGGUCUUUGCAGAAUUCCCUUAAAAGCUUCAGUCAAAGAGAAAUUGCCUGACUUUUAUUCCAGUGAACAGUUGUAUGUUUUUGGCGUUUCCAAGCAGUGCAUAAAAAUUAAUAGCACAAACGCAGAAGAUUUUCAAUUUCUCAUCCAGGAUUUUUUCAGUAAAAAAUAUUUUCUAGAAGACCAUGGAAUACAGUUGGCUGAUGGAGGAUAUAUUAUUCCUAAUGAUGAGGGAAAGGCCGGAAAAGAAGAAUUCUUUUGGGCUUUGUGUGACACGCCUGGUGUAGAUCCCAAUCUAAUUUCCAAAGCCUGGGUUUAUAACCAUUAUAAGUGGAUUGUAUGGAAACUGGCAGCUAUGGAGGUUGCAUUUCCACUGCAUUUUGCCAGUAAAUGUUUGACACCAGAAGGAGUAUUACUUCAGCUAAAGUUCAGGUAUGAUAUAGAAGUGGAUAAAAGUCAACGAUCAGCCAUCAAAAGAAUAACAGAAAGAGAUGAUGUUGCUGGAAAAACAAUCAUACUGUGCAUCUCUAAAAUUAUAUCACUUAGCACAAAUAUGCCUCACAGUGCCGACAGCAAAAGCACCACUGAGGACAAUAAAAAAGACGUGGCAAUCAUUGAAGUUACAGAUGGUUGGUAUGGAAUUAGGGCAGUCUUGGAUCCUCCUCUUCAGUCACUAUUAUCUAGGCAGAAGCUUUCAGUUGGCCAGAAAAUUGUUGUACAUGGAGCAGAACUUGUGGGAUCUCAGGAUGCAAGCACUCCUUUAGAAGCACCAGAAACUCUGAUGUUAAAGAUUACAGCUAACAGUACUCGACGUGCUCGAUGGUAUGCAAAAUUAGGAUAUUAUCGUGAUCCUCGGCCAUUCUCUUUGCCUUUAUGCUCAUUGUUUAGUGAUGGUGGGACUGUUGGUUGCAUUGAUGUCAUUGUUCAAAGGAUUUAUCCUCUACAGUGGAUGGAAAAACUAUCAACAGGGUCCUGUGUGUUUCGUAACAAUCGAGCAGAACAAAGAGAAGCUGAAAAAUUUGCUGAAAAUCGACAGAAAACUUUAGAAGCACUGUUGGCAAAAAUACAAGCAAAAUUUGAAGAGACUGAUGUCCUAUUCAAGAAUAUAGGGAUGGUAGACCAAGCAGAAUUUAAAGUGUGCCAUGUGUCAAAUUCUUUAACAUUUUCUACAAAAAAAGUUCAAAAUUCUUAUCUGUUUCAGUUUUACCACUGUUUAUUGCAGGGUUUUUUCAAUGAAGAUCAAUUAAAAGCCUUGAAUAGUCACAGGCAGAUGGUCAAUGAUAAAAGGAGAGCCCAGAUAGAGGCAGCAUUCAGGAAAGCUGUGGAAUCUGCUGAGCAAGAGAAAAACAGCUCCUGCAGAAGGGAUGUAUCCAACAUAAUCAAACUACGAAUUGUAGAUUAUGGGACAAAAGAAAACUCAAAAGAAGUUAUACUGAACAUCUGGCGUCCACCCUCACAUGUUUGUAGCCUCUUAAAGGAAGGAGGACGAUAUAGAAUUUUACAGUUAUCUGCAUCUCACUCCAAAGGCAAGUUGAAAACCAGCAAUGUACAGUUAACAGCUACCAAGAAAACCCAGUAUCUACAACUGCCAGUUUCUCAAGAAAGUCUAUUACAAGUUUACAGACCAAGGGAAUGUCUGCUAUAUGGUAAACUAAUGGAGCCCUCCUUCCGACCACCUUGUUCUGAAGUGGAUUUGGUGGGAUAUGUAGUUUACUUGACAAAAAGAGCAGGCUUUUCUACAUUGGUAUAUUUGUCAGAUGAACAUCAUAAUAUAAUAGCAAUCCAGAUAUGUACAGAUCUCAAGUUGUUUGCUAUUGAAGAUAUAAUCAUUCCAUAUGCAUUGAUCUCUGCAACCAAUCUUCAGUGGCGACCUGAAUUCAAAUCACAAAUUCCCACCCUAUUUGCUGGAGAGCUUUCUGCAUUUUCUUCAAACCCAAAGGAAAAGCAUCUCCAAGAAAUAUUUGAAGAAUUUAAAAAUGCUAUUCAGAACGAUGGCUGCUUUAGCAAAGAGGCACAAUGCAAAGUCAUGAAUUUUCUAAAAUCAGAUCCCUUGCAUUUACUUAAUUUUUCCAAAGAAUGUGGUUUGGAUCCUCCCUGGAAAUGCGAUGCAGGAAAUAAACAAGCAAUUACAAUUCCCAACAGUGAACUAAGACAUCAAAGUCCUUUGACCAUUGGAAAGUUAGACAUAAAACCAUCCUUUUCUCUUGGAUCUGCAAAAGUGACACCAGAUUUUCAAGAAACUCCAAAGAACUGUAAGAAACGAAAGGCAAUGGAUCUGCUCAGUCGAGUCCCUUCCCCUCCACCUGUGAAGCCAAUCUGCAUAUUUAUUUCACCACCUCUAAAAAAAGCAUUUCAGCCUCCUCGAAGCAGUUGUGGCCAGAGCAAAACAUCAAUUAAAAAAACUGAAAGAAAGAAUAGCAAACAUCCGCUGCUAAAGUUAAAUGGGGCUGAUUAUGCUCCUGAAACCAAUUUUGUUGCUGAUGAAGAACUUGCAAUGAUAAAUACCCAAGACCUCUUAAGUAAUUUUUCAGAACAAGGAAUUGUAUCUAUGGGUGACACUGAACAUGUGAUAUCCAAUACAUGAUGCUGCAGUUUUUUCAGGCUGAUCAUUCUGUCCAGCCUGCUAAUUAAAAAAAAAAGUAUGAGGGAAAUACCCCCCAAAAUUAAUUCCUUUAAAGGAAAACAGAACAAACAGUUCAUUAUGGUGUGGGAAAUGUUACAGAGGCAAAGCAAAUAAUGUCACUGUUAAUAUAGUUUGUAUUUAAUGUGUGAAUUACCUUUUAAAACUCUGAACGCUGUAAAAGUUUGUUUAGAUUUGUUUAUUAUAUAUUUUAGCUCAAAACAAGCAUUUUAAGACACUUCAGUAAGAAUAACUUGCAAAUUCCUGAUAUGUAAGCCACACGUACAUUGCUGGGUCAGAAGUUAUUCGUUCCAAAUUUUUAUCUCAAAUAUUCAUCUUAUAUCAAAGUUAGCUUUUGAACAAGCGGCUUAACAGAAGAAUACAUAAAAAGGCUACACAAAAUGAUUUUUCUUGUUUUUCUUUCCUUUCUUAAAGAUGCUGCAUAAACAGCUAUUCUAAACAAUGUUUAGAAGGUCCAAAAUUAUAUGAACAGACACGUUGCUUUAUCAAGUUUGAAUAUUAAAAUAGCAUCAAAUUAUCCUCUUCCCUAAAAAAGAAAAUGAUCCUUCAUCCUUUAAUUUUUACAAAUGAGAAUAUCACCUGAUCUGUAACUUAUUUAAAAAAAAAAACACGGGGGAAAUCAAUAUAAAUUCUUUUGUUGCCAAGAACUGAUUUCUGCAAAAAGAUAUAUUAUUACAGUGAUCUCUAAAUCAUAAUGACAAAAUGUUGCUGAACACUAAUCUAUCUUUAUAAACCAGUAGCAGUUUUCAACUAUGAAUAAAAUGAUCAUUACCUGUAUAAAUUUGUUUGGAUAAAAUAGCCACAAUUUCAUUUUAAAAACUACAUAAUAUCCAUGAUAAAAGCGUUAAAUUCAUUGCAAAUGAUAUGUUAAUUCCUGGCAUAUUUAAUUAUAUCUUCUUAAUUGCUUGAUAUGCUUCACAAAUUUAAUUGGCUUGGGUGCCUAAAAUUGGAACCUGUUGCAAGAUUAGUCUCCCUAAAAUAUAACAUUUAAAAAAAUAAUAGAAUGUUAUAGCUAAUUUUUAAAGAAUAAAUAAAAAUCAGGUGAAGAGAAAGAAUCCAGUUUUUACUAUGAUGUGAAAAGUUUUUUUUCUU